AUGCCUCGCACGGCAAUUCAAGCGAGUCACGAUGUGCCAUCGACGAGCGCGCGAGCGAGAUCGACGCGCGGCGUCACGAGACGCGAGCUCGCGGCGUUCCUCGCGCUCGCGCCCAGCCUUCGGGUCAACUCUGCGCGCGCGAGAGAGGUCGAUCCAGCGCUUCGAGACGCGCUGCGUAUUGCUCGCGACGCGCGACGCGAUAUCGCGGAUGCAAGAGAGGCGCUGAAGCUCGCAAAGGCGCGCGCAGACGCGUUGCCGUUGCGGGAGUUGGAGAAGAAGCUCAAGUCGUCGGCGGCGCGCGAGCUCGAGCGGAGCGCCGAGACGAUCGAUGCCUUUGUCUCGAGCGCACCAUUGGAGGAUUGGGAGCAAAAGGCUUGGAAAGGCGUAAAAGACGAAGAGUUCUUGACGCUUUCCACGACGGAGCGUUUGCCCAUGGCCCGACGACCGAACGAUUUUCUGUGUGCCGUAUUCAGCUGUUAUAACGAUCCGCGGGCGCCGCCGAGCACUGACGCCCUGCUCUCGCUGCGCUUGACGAAAGACGGCGUGGCGAUGGGGUUACGAGGAGACCCUAGGAUCACGUUCGAGGGUAUGGAGGCGUCUUUAGACGACGUGUUGGAGAAGAUAGACGCGUGGCUUGCGCUCGCACCAUCCAUAUCGUAG